AUGUUAGAUGCUCUCACCAAGAAGGUUGACGCUCUCGCUAUGAGCAAGUCCAUCAAUGAUGACAACGCAUUCAAUGUUGAUAGUUGUUCCAUCUGUGCUAGUCCUUUGCACUUAACACAGAAUUGUUCAUCUUUACUGGCUCUUGCUGAGUACCCUAUGGAACAAGUGAACGCUUUCAACGAUUAUCAGAAGCAGUCAAAUGGACCAUACUCUGAGACCUACAAUCCAGGGUGGCGGAACCACCCCAAUCUCUCGCGGAAGCAGAGCCAACUGAAUCAGGGAGGAGCACCUCAUCAUGCUCAUAAUCAAUACCCUCCCAAAUUUCAUGCACAUCAGCAAAAUCAAGGGCACUCGACUCAUCUAGCGCAACCUCCCGCAUUUCAAUCUACUACUCAAGUGCCUGCAUCUUCGUCACAAUCAGCUCUGGAAGGCACACUGAAGACAUUUAUUCAGACAAAUGGCCAGAUGAUACAAGAGCUCAAGAAUUCUACUAUGGUCAAUAGCCAGGCCAUACAGGAGGUUAAGAAUGCCAUCAUGGAACAAGUGCAGUCUAUUGUCACACUUAGGUCAGGGAGACAAGUGGACAAUAAAGUGAUUCAAGAAGAAGAGGACAAUGUUGUGCCACAAGGGCAAAAGAGUCGUAACAAUGAGGGGAGAGAUGUUGGGCCUCCUAAAGUUAUACCCAUUGUUGAUGAUUCGCCCAGGAGUUUUGUCCCAAAAGCUCCUUAUCCAGAAAGAUUGAAGGCCCCGAAGAAGAGUGCACAGUUUGCUAAAAUUUUGGAGCAAGUGCCUUCAUAUGCCAAGUUUUUGAAGGACUUGAUCACUGUCAAGAGAAGGACUAAUGUCCUGAAGAAGGUGUGUCUGACCGAGCAAGUCAACUCUAUCUUUCAGUGCAAGUUGCCCAUCAAGUAUAAGGACCUUGGGUGUCCUACCAUUUCUUCCAUGAUCGGGGACAACCGUGUGGAGAAAGCCCUUUUGGACUUAGGAGAUAGUGUAUAUCUUCUGCCUUAUUUGGUAUAUUUGCAGGUGGGUUUAAGAAAAUUGAAACCCACAUCAAUGAAGCUGCAGUUGGCAGACCGAUCAGUAAAAAUCCCAAGAGGAAUUGUUGAAGAUGUGCUGAUCAAGAUUGACAAAUUCUACUUCCCUAUCGACUUUAUAGUCCUUGACACGGAACCAGAACAGAAUGUUGGAAUUCAAAUAUCGAUGAUUUUAGGUCGACCUCUUUUAGCUACGGCUAACGCCCUAAUCAAUUGCAGGACUGGGGUAAUGAAGAUUACUUUUAGGAAUAUGAUAGUGGAGUUGAACAUUUUUGACAUCAAUAAGCAGCCAAUCAAAGAUGAUGAGAUCAGAAGUGUGUGCUUAAUUGAAGAGACAAAAGAUGAGAUUGCUAGCGAGUCAAACUUGGAGGACCCUAUGGGAGAGUGUUUCACUCACUUUGGAGAUGACCUGGACCUUGAGAGGUUAUGUGAGCUAGAUGGUGCUGUGUAUGAGCCAAAUAUUGAGGACCCUAAGGUGGAGUAUUUUGCUCAAUCUGGAGGUGAUCUAGACCUUGACAGAUUACUUGAACAAGUUGGUAUUUUCAGUGAGCCUAGUAUUGAGGACCCUGUGGUAGAAUGUUUUGCUCAGCCUGGGGAUAAUUUGGACCUUAAGCUGAGACUGUGA